UGGCGCCUACGGGGCGGGCUGCGGGAGGGCCGCGGGAGUUGGUGUUGGCGACCGUGACCACGGUCUCCUGGCGUUGCCGGGCCGGGGUGGGUGUGGGGGCCCCUGACACCUCCGACUCCGCGCCAUUGCAAAGCUGCGCGCUCGGGCUCCACGGGCGCCCUGCGAGGUGGGCGCUGCGUUCUCGUUUCACGGGCGAGGAGGCUUGGGCAGAGAGACGAAGCCACUUGUCCAAGGUCAUGCAGCUGGUAAGUGGGAGCGCCCAGCAUGGAACCCAGGACCGCCCGGCUGCCGAGCCCGCGUUCCACCCUCCUUGCCGCUGCCGCCUCCUGCGAGAGGGGGAGGUGGUCGGGAGGGCGUAUCGACAGGGCAAGCUGGGCUCCUGGCUGGGCACGACCACUAACCCGACCCGUGACCUCGGGCUUAACCCGUUUUCCUCUCUGGGCCUUGGUUUCUCCACCUGUGAAAUCGAGGUAGUGCCAGCUCUGCCUGCCACCUCGGAGGCGUGUAUGGAGCGUCAGCGGAGAUCCGUAGUGCAUGUGGACUUGCUUUGUAAAUAUCCCUGUGCUGACUACACCGAAGGGUCUCCGCCCAACUCCAUGCUUCGAGUCCUGCUCUCUGCCCAGGCCUCUGCUGCUCGGCUGUCUGGCCUGCUGCUGCUCCCGCCAGUACAGCCCUGCUGUCUGGGGCCCAGCAAGUGGGGGGACCGGCCUCCUGGAGGAGGCCUCCAUGCAGGCCCUGUGCAGGGGCUACAGCGGCUUCUGGAACAGGCGAGGAGCCCUGGGGAGCUGCUGCGUUGGCUGGGCCAGAACCCCACCAAGGUGCGCGCCCAUCACUACCCUGUGGCACUUCGUCGUCUGGGUCAGCUCUUGGGGUCCCAGCCACGACCCCCUCCCGUGGAGCAGGCCACACUGCAGGACUUGAGUCAACUCAUCAUCCGAAACUGCCCCUCCUUUGAUCCUCACACCGUCCACGUGUGUCUGCACCUUGCAGUCUUACUUGGCUUCCCGUCAGAUGGGCCCCUGAUGUGUGCCCUGGAGCAGGAGAGGUUCCGCCUCCCUCCGAAGCCACCUCCCACUCUGCAACCCGACCUGUGCGGUGGGCAAAGAUUGGAAGCUGCUCUGAGCUGCCCUCAUCUCCUGAGGCGUCCCCGGCAGCAUCUCAUCCGCAGCCUGGCAGAGGCCAGGCCGGAGGAACUGACUCCCAACGUGAUGGUGCUCCUGGCCCAGCACCUGGCCCGGCACCGGUUGCGGGAGCCCCAGCUUCUGGAAGCCAUUGCCCACUUCCUGGUGGUCCAGGAAGCCCAGCUCAGCAGCAAGGUGGUACAGAAGUUGGUCCUGCCCUUUGGGCGGCUGAACUACUUGCCCCUGGAACAGCAGUUUAUGCCCUGCCUUGAGAGGAUCCUGGCUCGGGAAGCAGGGGUGGCUCCCCUGGCUACUGUCAACAUCUUGAUGUCACUGUGCCAGCUGCGGUGUCUGCCCCUCAGGGCCCUGCACUUUGUCUUUUCCCCAAGUUUCAUCAACCACAUCAGCGGCACCCCUCACGCCCUGAUUGUGCGGCGCUACCUCUCCCUGCUAGACACGGCCGUGGAGCUGGAGCUUCCGGGAUACCGGGGUCCCCGCCUUCCCCGAAGGCAGCAAGUGCCCAUCUUCCCCCAGCCACUCAUCACUGACCGUGCCCGCUGCAAGUACAGUCACAAGGAUAUAGUGGCAGAGGGCCUGCGCCAGCUGCUAGGGGAAGAAAAGUACCGACAGGACCUGACCGUGCCUCCAGGCUACUGCACAGACUUCCUGCUGUGUGUCAGCAGCUCUGGUGCUGUGCUUCCCGUGAGGACCCAGGACCCCUUCCUACCCUACCCUCCCAGGUCCUGUGCCCAGGGCCAGGCCGCCUCCCAGGCCACUACCCACGGCCCCGCCCAGAGGGUGGUGCUCAUGCUGCGGGAACGUUGGCAUUUCUGCCGCGAUGGCCGAGUGCUGCUGGGCUCCCGGGCCCUACGGGAGCGGCACCUGGGCCUGCUGGGCUACCAGCUCCUGCCGCUACCCUUCGAGGAACUGGAGUCACAGAGAGGCCUGCCCCAGCUCAAGAGCUACCUGAGGCACAAGCUCCAGGCCUUGGGCCUCCGCUGGGGGCCUGAAGGGGGGUGAGGGGCGUGCACAUGGGGCUCAGGAUGACGCCCCCCAAUAGGGGGGUGGACAGUUUGCACUUUGGCUCUCUAUAUUUUGGUUUCUCAUUAAAGUCCCUUAUCUUCCUCA